AUAUCCAUAGAAUAUCAAAUGCUAUCUGGGUAACACUUUUGCAAGUUAACACACCCAGACGUGCCCGUUUUUUAUUCAGGCAUCCAGUGCGGUUACCCAGCAGAUAUUCCCAACGGCGAGUACGCGCUAGUGAACGACUCAGUGGGUUAUCUGAGCAGAGUGGUGUACAGCUGCUUCAAGGGGUACGAGAUGAUUGGGCGAGCGCAACUGGCCUGCGAUAUUGACGAGCGCUGGAACGGGCCGCCCCCACGCUGCGAACCCGUCCAAUGCGAGCCUCCCCUGGAAAUCCCCAACGGUCUUUUGGAGGUGCCAAGCAACGACACAGUGUUUGGUUCAGUGGUGGCCUAUCAGUGCCUGCCAGGGUUCGUGUUGGUAGGAGCCGACAGGAUCACCUGCAUGGCCAAUGGACAGUACGACUCUCUGCCGCCCACCUGCAAAGUUGCAGACGAUCCCACGGUCACCCCGGCGCCUACCACGCAGCAAGUGACACAGUCGUCGUUGCCCACGUCGAUUAUCACCACCUUGACCACGAGGGGGAGAACCAGGACGCCCAAGCCGCCGCCCACCACCAUCAGGGCGGCCAAUGAUGGCACCCGUCAGACCACCAGAAGCAGGAGACCGCAAACAAGCUCUACUAAGCCGAAUAUCAUCGUCGCAGCCCAUCCGCAGGACAACGAAAUUGCCAGUAGCGCAAAUAACGUGCAGCAUGGUGGAGGACCGAACGUCAACGUACCACUUCCAGUGGACGGAGACAGGCAAGAGCCGUUUGGUGCUCGGUUGAACGUGGGGUCCAUCAUCGCGCUGGGCACCUUCGGCGCCUUUAUUUUCCUAGCAGCCGUCAUCACCACCGUGGUGAUCUUGGUUAGAAGGAAUCAAAGUGCCAAACACUACCGUCACCGAGCCUCGCCCGAUUGCAACACAGUGGCCUCCUUCGACUCGUCCAGCUCAGAGUCGCGAAGCGGAGGCCUGAAUCGGUACUACCGACAGGCCUGGGAGAACCUGCACGAAUCGGCCGGCUCUAAAUCGGGCCACUCGCCCUUGCGCCGCAAGGAAACGAUGGACGAGCCCUACAGGGCGCGUGAAGCCACCGAACGGCAUCGAGACAGCGCCGAAAUCGUCGUCAGCGACGGCGCCAAGGGCGAGAAGAAGCGGCACCAUCAUCACCAUCACCAUCACAAGGAGGGGCGCGAUUGGAGCGGCAACCGGCCACCGCCUGCCAAUCAGAAGAGGUACUGACAAAGGUGUAUGGUGAUCACUGUGCAGUUCGAGGGUGUUGUGACGUGAAGACGGUUUAUCUGUAAAUAAGUCUGUUGCUCGUUUUAAAAAAAUAUAUUCUGUUUCGGAUGAGAACCGGCCCACAAAGGACUGGAAUGGGCCAAAUCGGGGGUCUUUGUAUAAAAUAGGAAUAUUCAGAUCGAACUGCAAGAGGCGGCCAGGUGUGUUUGAACCACUGUAGUUCAUCCCAAGCUAACAAUUGAUUUCUGUUUAUUUAUGCGCAUUUAGUCUCUGAUCAGAAGUUUUAGUGCAAAUAGACACUGCAGGCACACACAACAAUAAAGCUACUUGUAGGAACUAA